CAGCCUCCGGAGGCCCCGCCCCCGCCGACCGCCCGCACUCGAUUGCUCCUGUCUGGCGGCUGCAGCAUGGCGGCGGGGGCGGCCGAGGCGGCGGCGGCCGUGGUGGAGGUCGGCUCAGCCCAGCACUUUGAGGAGCUGCUGCGCCUCAGAGCCAAGUCCCUCCUUGUGGUCCAUUUCUGGGCGCCAUGGGCCCCACAGUGUGCUCAGAUGAACGACGUGAUGGCAGAGUUAGCCAAAGAACAGCCUCGAGUUUCAUUUGUGAAGUUGGAAGCUGAAGCUGUUCCUGAAGUAUCUGAAAAAUAUGAAAUUAGUUCUGUUCCCACCUUUCUGUUUUUCAAGAAUUCUCAGAAAAUUGACCGAUUAGAUGGUGCACAUGCCCCUGAGUUGACCAAAAAAGUUCAGCGACAUGCAUCUAGCGGCUCCUUCCCACCCAGUGGUAACGAGCGUCCUAAAGAAGAUCUCAGCCUUCGCCUGAAGAAAUUAACUCAUGCCGCCCCUUGCAUGUUGUUUAUGAAAGGAACUCCUCAGGAGCCGCGCUGUGGUUUCAGCAAGCAGAUGGUGGAAAUCCUUAACAAACAUAAUAUUCAGUUUAGCAGUUUUGAUAUCUUCUCAGAUGAAGAAGUUCGUCAGGGCCUCAAAACCUAUUCCAACUGGCCCACCUAUCCCCAGCUCUAUGUUUCUGGAGAGCUCAUAGGAGGACUUGACAUCAUUAAGGAGCUGGAAGCAUCUGACGAAUUAGAUACAAUUUGCCCCAAAGCUCCGAAACUAGAGGAAAGGCUCAAAGUACUGACAAAUAAAGCUUCUGUGAUGCUCUUUAUGAAAGGAAACAAACAGGAAGCAAAGUGUGGAUUCAGCAAACAGAUUCUGGAAAUACUAAAUAGUACUGGUGUUGAAUAUGAGACAUUUGAUAUAUUGGAGGAUGAAGAAGUUCGGCAGGGGUUAAAAACUUACUCGAAUUGGCCCACGUACCCUCAGCUGUAUGUGAAAGGGGAGCUUGUUGGAGGUCUGGAUAUUGUUAAGGAACUGAGAGACAGUGGAGAGCUGCUGCCAGUGCUGAAAGGAGAGAACUAGGGAGUGUCCGCUCGGUGCCCGACUGCUACGGGAGACCUACGGGAGACCAUCGUCACAGCCGGGCCGCGCACGACUCCGUUCUCAGACCGCUGCUCACCCGUUAGGCUCGGUGUAUCCCACCAGCUUGUGCUAAAUACACGUAUGAUUUGUUUGUUUUUCACCAAACAGGAUGCAAUAAACAUCUUCAAAUCCGAUUAAAAA